UUUCAUAAAUGUGUGGUUCCAGAAUGGUACUUGAAUCAAUUUCAUUUUUUUCUGGUGCUGGAACUCAAGACUCAGGGUGAGUCCUCAACCAUUUCCUCGAUCCGGAUGGAGAACACAAAAAAGCAAGGAAAUCUGACAAACCCUUUAAUUUUGCAGAGUGAGGAGUUAUAUGAGUACAUUCUGGCCACUAGUGUGUACCCACGAGAACCAGAGCCUCUUAAGGAGCUGAGGAAAGCUACUGCAACCCAACCAUUGGCAUACUUUGGUACAUCACCAGAUGCAGGUCAGCUAAUUAUUGCUAUGUUCUUGAAGAUAGUGAAUGCAAAGAAGACAAUUGAAAUUGGGGUCUUUACAGGAUACUCUCUCUCCUCAAGGCCCUUACAAUUCCUGAUGAUGGCAGGCAUGCAAACCAUUCAUGAUCAGUAGGUAUGUUAAAUACAUUGUCUU